UGGGCUCAGGAAGAAGUAUUCAACUUCACGUCUCCACUUAUCCCAAAUCCACAAGACCUUAAUCCACUUAUAGAAGGAGUUCGGUGCCAUCAUCCCACCGACCUUCAGUGCUGGACCCAGUGGUUUGAGACUGAUAAUCCCUCAAGUCAUGAAGACAUGGAAAAUCUUGCCAAAAUUGUCCGAAAGCAUCCUGGACAGAUCUGCCCGGACCCAAUAGAUAUAGAAGCUAGGACACUGUCUGGUCUAACUCCAGAAGAAGCAGGAGACAUAAUUCAAAUAACUGGCAGGGGAUUCAUCUGCAGAAAGAGAAACCGACCUGACAGGCAGUGUGAGGAUUAUAAGGUUCGCUUCAGCUGCCCUCUUCCUUACUGUGGUGACAUAGUGUGCUGGACCAACUGGUAUGCCAGAGAUGACCCCUCUGUAACCAGUGAGUGGGAGACUCUGGAGGAUCUGCAAAGUGAAAACCCAGGAGAAAUUUGCCAAGAGCCUGUGUACAUCCAGACUGUUAGCACCCACACCUUGUCCCCGGCUAGCUACACAGGGGAGAACUUCUUUGUCUGCAAUGAAGCAGCAGGUUUGAUUUGCCGUCAAAAGGACCAAAUGCCUGGGACCUGCAGGGACCACAAGAUUCGGUUUGGAUGUCCUUGCAGAUAAUGAGUCACGACUCUACCAAAACGAGAAAGGCAAAAGGAGGGAAACAGAAAUUAAAAGAAAGAAAACAUGUCUGUUUGUAUCUAAGAAAAACAAAUGACUUUGUGUUGAUGAGUAAUUUUGUAAUUUUGAACUUAAGCAGAAGAUCUUCCAGUUUUCUCUGACAAAAAAUGUAAAGAAAAAAAAAAAGCCCUUCUCUGCCAUGUUGUUUUUUCCCUCAAGCUAUUUGUGGUCUAACGGUGCGGGAAUAUAGUCUAACUGCAAAUAAAAUGCAUAUUAAAAGCAAA